AUGUCGUCCUCGCGGUCAUCCAGCCCAGAAACCGCUUCUAGCGCAGAUCUCCAACUCCCAGUCGACAUCAGCGCUAGUCCCAACUCGCCCGCCUAUGCGCCUGAUAUGGACAGUCUGAAGACCGCAAGUUUCGCAAGAUUGCGCGACUUUGAUAAUUGGAGAGACAGCCCAUUCCUAGUGCAUCGAUGCUGUACUUACGCCGGAGAUGAAGUUCAGAUGAAAGAGUUCAUCCUUAGAGACUUUGAAGAGAUGCAGAAGGCCAUGAUUGGACUGGAGGAUGAUCAUAUACACAUUCUCAACGCAACUUCUCGGAGCGUGUUUCUUCUAUAUGCCAGCGAGCUACGAGAGUUAUCCCAAAGCCUCGGCCUCGCACCUUGGAUCUCAUAUGGUCUUGAGUACAACGUCCUCAGAGGGCUAGGUCGGAGACUCUACGGCUCCCACUACGAUAUCUGGUUUACCCUUCCACUGGUAGAUGCUGGUGUAGAUAACUUCACCUAUCCAGGUCAAGAACUUCACUCUCUACCAAUUGACUCUUCCGAGGGCGUCACACAUCUGUACGAAGACGCAGGCAUGUUCUAUCUAAGCUACGACAAAACGACGAGACAAACACGCAUUCUAUACUCGAGCGCAAUUCCUGCUCGUCAAAAGUUAGCAUCUGCUUGCAAGAACGCAAAAGAACUAGGUGUACGAGACGACCCGUUUACGUUUGUCACGUGCGCUUUGAGUUCAAUUCUUCAAGAUCAGGGCAUGAAUGCGCACUCGUUCACUGCUCUGGAAGAUUACAGCAAUUCACUCCGUUUUGAGAUUGCUGAGAAUGAAGAGACAAAGGUCAAAGAGACGGCGAUCCAACUCAGAAAGUCGCUGCCGUACCUAGAGAAGAUCUUGGAAUCAGUGAACUGCACAAUACAGAUCAUCGAAGAUACUAUCAGUGAGCACAAGGACUGUAGAGAACUGCUAUCCAUUCCCAGUCAGCAUUUCCUCCGUGUCGAAAAGAACUUGCAGACUCUCCGCUCACAGGCGAUUUCCUUCAAGAGCUACCAAGACACCCGCAUCAGAAGAAUCAAUGUCUGCUUAUCAACUCUCUCAUCUCUCUUGAGCCUCAGAACAGACAGCGCCAUCAAGGCCAGUACUGAAGCAAUGACAAGACUCACAGAGGCGAAUCGGGAAGACAGCGGCAAGAUGAACGAUAUCGCGAUAGCCACGAAGCUUGACAGUGAGGCUAUGAUCACCAUUGCCAAACUCACCAUGUUUUAUCUGCCGUCGACAUUUGUUGCUACACUUUUCAGCAUGGGGAUAUUCAACUUUGACUUUGACAACGGCAAGAAUGGACGUCUUGUCAUGUCUAGCCAAUGGUGGAUGUACAUCAUCUUUGCUAUCCCUCUCACUCUGGGGACGUUUUACUGGUUCAGAGCGGUUACUAGAUCGCACAAACAGGCAAGCCAGAAAGCAGAACGAGAAGCCAGGCAGCCUGAAUGA